AUGCGUUUCUCCAUCGCUGUUCUCGCCCUGGCUGCCGGUGCCUUGGCCGCCGACGUCACUGAGACUGUCACCCAGUACACCACCUUCUGCCCCGAGGCCACCACCAUCGCCCACGGCGGCCACACCUACAGCAUCUCGACCCCCGGUCACAUCACCAUGACCAACGGUCCCUACACUGUGACCCGUCCUCUGAUCACCCAGACCGUGACUCAGUGCAACUCCUGCUCUUCCACCAUGGUGCCCUCCUCCACCCCCAUUGUCCCCAGCGCCCCCGCUUCCACUCCUCUGAUCCCCAGCGGUGCUGGUGCCACCGGCUCCUCCGUUCCCUCCGGUGCUGCUGCUGUUACCGCCUCCGGCUCCCCCGCUGCCUCCUCCCAGCCCGCCUUCAACGCCGGUGCCGUGAACGCCGCUACUGGCGCUGGUGCCGGUCUGGCUGCCGUCUUCGGUGCCGUCGCUCUCCUCCUGUAA